GCGCCGCCAUGUUGUAUUGACACAUUAUCUAACAAAUUACAUUAAUAAUUUCAAUUAACCUGGGUGGACUUUUGUGUACGUUCGAAAGUAGAUAGUUUAUAUUUAAUAACUAUUGGAUAAAAAUUACACGAAUAGUUGAAAGAUACGUGUUUGUAUACGUACACGUGUUAAAUGAAGAGGUUAGGAUAGAAAACCUAAGGCGAUGGAAAAAGAACGUCGCUCUAAAAAAUUUGCUACGAACAGGACCAUGGACGAAAAGGAUAAAAAGAAUUACAAUCACGUCGUUCCACACACUGAAAGAAAUGCCUCAGGUUGUAAUUGGGAGAUUUUUAAGAAUCUAGUUUUUAAUUCGCCAUCGUUAGAACAGGAUAUCAUUAGUCCAGAAAAUAUUAAAAGGAAAUCAGUUUCACAUCAGCAGAAAUCCAGAAGAAAACAUCAUAUGCUUACUGCGAACUCUAGUUCCAUACCACUGAUUGGCGAGGAAGAAAUUAACGAUGAAAGUAAACAGAAGUUGACGCGACAGGUGGCAAUGGACUGUGAAAUGGUUGGUAUAGGUGACGGUACCGAAAGUAUGAUAGCUAGAGUGUCUAUCGUGAAUCGACAUGGUUUCUGUGUUUACGACAAGUACGUCAAACCGAGGGAACCAGUACAGGAUUAUAGAACUGAAGUCAGCGGUAUCCGUCCACAAAAUCUCCAAACUGGAGAACAAUUCGACAUAGUUCAGAAAGAAGUAGCAGAGAUAUUAAGGGGACGUAUUUUAGUUGGUCAUGCAUUGAAGCAUGAUUUGGAUGUAUUGUAUCUCUCUCAUCCGAGGAAACAUUUACGAGACACUUCGAGGUUCAAAAUUUUUCGACAGUUAUCCAAAGGAAAUACACCAAGCUUAAAGAAACUUGCACUCGAAUUGCUGGGUAGAGAGAUACAAAUUGGAGAACAUAGUUCAGUAGAAGAUGCAAGAGCUGCAAUGCAUUUGUACGUGCUAUACAGAAACAAGUGGGAGUCCGAUUUCUAUUCUAAGCAAAGAAUGAAAUAAAAAUAACACCAAAAUAUUUUUACUUCGCGUAACAUGAAGUUAUAUUAAGCAAUUUGAUUUCAUUUCUUGCAAUCCUCUUUAUAGCAAAAACCAAUUCUCGCUAUCUUCCAGCCUCCAGCGAUACUUUCAAAUGUAUAACGGCAAACUUUAAGGGUGUCAAAUGUAUUUAAGAUUGUAAAUAGAAUGUUGUCGAUGUAUAAGAACACGUUGAAAGAGUUUAAAUAAAUUUCUUUUUAUACAUAUA